UAUAUACUGUGUUGGUGUGGUGUCUCCUCCCAGAUCAGGACACUAUAUACUGUGUUGGUGUGGUGUCUCCUCCCAGAUCAGGACACUAUGUACUGUGUUGGUGUGGUGUCUCCUUCCAGAUCAGGGCACCAUGUACUGUGUUGGUGUGGUGUCUCCUCCCAGAUCAGGACACUAUGUAAUGUGUUGGUGUGGUGUCUCCUCCCAGAUUAGGGCACCAUGUACUGUGUUGGUGUGGUGUCUAUGACCUCCCAGGUCAGGACACUAUGUACUGUGUUGGUGUGGUGUCUAUGACCUCCCAGGUCAGGACACUAUGUACUGUGUUGGUGUGGUGUCUCCUCCCAGAUCAGGACACUAUGUACUGUGUUGGUGUGGUGUCUCCUCCCAGAUCAGGACACUAUGUACUGUGUUGGUGUGGUGUCUCCUCCCAGAUCAGGACACUAUGUACUGUGUUGGUGUGGUGUCUCCUCCCAGAUCAGGACACUAUGUACUGUGUUGGUGUGGUGUCUCCUCCCAGAUCAGGACACUAUGUACUGUGUUGGUGUGGUGUCUAUGACCUCCCAGGUCAGGACACUAUGUACUGUGUUGUUGUGGUGUCUAUGACCUCCCAGGUCAGGACACUAUGUACUGUGUUGGUGUGGUGUCUCCUCCCAGAUCAGGGCACUAUGUACUGUGUUGGUGUGGUGUCUAUGACCUCCCAGAUCAGGACACUAUGUACUGUGUUGGUGUGGUGUCUCCUCCCAGAUCAGGGCACCAUGUACUGUGUUGGUGUGGUGUCUCCUCCCAGAUCAGGACACUAUGUACUGUGUUGGUGUGGUGUCUCCUCCCAGAUCAGGACACUAUGUACUGUGUUGGUGUGGUGUCUCCUCCCAGAUCAGGACACUAUAUACUGUGUUGGUGUGGUGUCUCCUCCCAGUUCAGGACACUAUAUACUGUGUUGGUGUGGUGUCUCCUCCCAGAUCAGGACACUAUGUACUGUGUUGGUGUGGUGUCUCCUUCCAGAUCAGGGCACCAUGUACUGUGUUGGUGUGGUGUCUCCUCCCAGAUCAGGACACUAUGUACUGUGUUGGUGUGGUGUCUAUGACCUCCCAGGUCAGGACACUAUGUACUGUGUUGGUGUGGUGUCUAUGACCUCCCAGGUCAGGACACUAUGUACUGUGUUGGUGUGGUGUCUCCUCCCAGAUCAGGACACUAUGUACUGUGUUGGUGUGGUGUCUCCUCCCAGAUCAGGACACUAUGUACUGUGUUGGUGUGGUGUCUCCUCCCAGAUCAGGACACUAUGUACUGUGUUGGUGUGGUGUCUCCUCCCAGAUCAGGACACUAUGUACUGUGUUGGUGUGGUGUCUCCUCCCAGAUCAGGACACUAUGUACUGUGUUGGUGUGGUGUCUCCUCCCAGAUCAAGACACUAUGUACUGUGUUGGUGUGGUGUCUCCUCCCAGAUCAGGGCACUAUGUACUGUUUUGGUGUGGUGUCUCCUCCCAGAUCAGGAUACUAUGUACUGUGUUGGUGCUGCGUCUCCUCCCAGAUCAGGGCACCAUGUACUGUGUUGGUGUGGUGUCUCCUCCCAGAUCAGGACACUAUGUACUGUGUUGGUGUGGUGUCUCCUCCCAGAUCAGGACACUAUGUACUGUGUUGAUGUGGUGUCUAUGAACUCCCAGAUUAGGGCACCAUGUACUGUGGUUGUGUGGUGUCUAUGACCUCCCAGAUCAGGACACUAUGUACUGUGUUGGUGUGGUGUCUAUGACCUCCCAGAUCAGGACACUAUGUACUGUGUUGGUGUGGUGUCUCCUCCCAGAUCAGGGCACCAUGUACUGUGUUGGUGUGGUGUCUCCUCCCAGAUCAGGACACUAUGUACUGUGUUGGUGUGGCGUCUCCUCCCAGAUCAGGACACUAUGUAAUGUGUUGGUGUGGUGUCUCCUCCCAGAUCAGGACACCAUGUACUGUGUUGAUGUGGUGUCUAUGAACUCCCAGAUUAGGGCACCAUGUACUGUGGUUGUGUGGUGUCUAUGACCUCCCAGAUCAGGACACUAUGUACUGUGUUGGUGUGGUGUCUAUGACCUCCCAGGUCAGGACACUAUGUACUGUGUUGGUGUGGUGUCUAUGAUCUCCCAGAUCAGGACACUAUGUACUGUGUUGGUGUGGUGUCUCCUCCCAGAUCAGGGCACCAUGUACUGUGUUGGUGUGGUGUCUAUGACCUCCCAGAUCAGGGCACCAUGUACUGUGUUGGUGUGGUGUCUAUGACCUCCCAGGUCAGGACACUAUGUACUGUGUUGGUGUGGUGUCUAUGAGGGUAUUGAGAUUAGGUUAGUGUGAAGGCCAGAUGUAUUGUGGGUAUUGAUAUUAGGUUAGCGUGAAGGCCAGAUGUAUUGUGGGUAUUGAGAUUAGGUUAGCGUGAAGGGAAGAUGUAUUGUGGGUACUGAGAUUAGGUUAGCGUGAAGGCCAGAUGUAUUGUGGGUAUUGAGAUUAGGUUAGCAUGAAGGGAAGAUGUAUUGUGGGUACUGAGAUUAGGUUAGCGUGAAGGCCAGAUGUAUUGUGGGUAUUGAGAUUAGGUUAGCGUGAUAGCCAGAUGUAUUGUGGGUAAUGAGAUUAGGUUAGUGUGAAGGCCAGAUGUAUUGUGGGUAUUGAGAUUAGGUUAGUUUGAAGGCCAGAUGUAUUGUGGGUAUUGAGAUUAGGUUAGCGUGAAGGCCAGAUGUAUUGUGGGUAUUGAGAUUAGGUUAGCGUGAAGGCCAGAUGUAUUGUGGGUAUUGAGAUUAGGUUAGCGUGAAGGGAAGAUGUAUUGUGGGUAUUGAGAUUAGAUUAGCGUGAAGGCCAGAUGUAUUGUGGGUAUUGAGAUUAGGUUAGCGUGAUGGCCAGAUGUAUUGUGGGUAUUGAGAUUAGGUUAGCGUGAAGGCAAGAUGUAUUGUGGGUAUUGAGAUUAGGUUAGCGUGAAGGGAAGAUGUAUUGUGGGUACUGAGAUUAGGUUAGCGUGAAGGCCAGAUGUAUUGUGGGUAUUGAGAUUAGGUUAGCGUGAUGGCCAGAUGUAUUGUGGGUAAUGAGAUUAGGUUAGUGUGAAGGCCAGAUGUAUUGUGGGUAUUGAGAUUAGGUUAGUGUGAAGGCCAGAUGUAUUGUGGGUAUUGAGAUUAGGUUAGCGUGAAGGCCAGAUGUAUUGAGAUUAGGUUAGCGUGAAGGCCAGAUGUAUUGUGGGUAUUGAGAUUAGGUUAGCGUGAAGGCCAGGUGUAUUGUGGGUAUUGAGAUUAGGUUAGCGUGAUGGCCAGAUGUAUUGUGGGUAAUGAGAUUAGGUUAGUGUGAAGGCCAGAUGUAUUGUGGGUAUUGAGAUUAGGUUAGCGUGAAGGCCAUAUGUAUUGUGGGUAUUGAGAUUAGGUUAGCGUGAAGGCCAGAUGUAUUGUGGGUAUUGAGAUUAGGUUAGCGUGAAGGGAAGAUGUAUUGUGGGUAUUGAGAUUAGGUUAGCGUGAUGGCCAGAUGUAUUGUGGGUAAUGAGAUUAGGUUAGCGUGAAGGCCAGAUGUAUUGUGGGUAUUGAGAUUAGGUUAGCAUGAAGGGAAGAUGUAUUGUGGGUAUUGAGAUUAGGUUAGCGUGAAGGCCAGAUUUAUUGUGGGUAUUGAUAUUAGGUUAGCGUGAUGGCCAGAUGUAUUGUGGGUAUUGAGAUUAGGUUAGCGUGAAGGCCAGAUAUAUUGUGGGUAUUGAGAUUAGGUUAGCGUGAAGGGAAGAUGUAUUGUGGGUAUUGAGAUUAGGUUAGCGUGAAGGCCAGAUGUAUUGUGGGUAUUGAGAUUAGGUUAGCGUGAAGGCCAGAUGUAUUGUGGGUAUUGAGAUUAGGUUAGCGUGAAGGCAAGAUGUAUUGUGGGUAUUGAGAUUAGGUUAGCGUGAAGGGAAGAUGUAUUGUGGGUAUUGAGAUUAGGUUAGCGUGAUGGCCAGAUGUAUUGUUGGUAUUGAGAUUAGGUUAGCGUGAUGGCCAGAUGUAUUGUGGUCCCUCUAACCUACAUUUGAACCUCCAUUCACUCUCUUGUGGGAAUAGUACAUGGAUGUGUGUACACAGUACAGUUGAUUGUGUGUGUGUGUGUGUGUGUGUGUGUGUGUGUGUGUGUGUGUGUGUGUGUGUGUGUGUGUGUGUGUGUGUGUGUGUGUGUGUGUGUGUGUGUGUGUGUGUGUGUGUGUGUGUGU